AUGUCUGAAGAAUAAUAGUAAUAUUGGCCAAUUUUCACAGAGAAUGAUUAGACAAAAACAUUCUGGAAUAAAAAAUGUCUGAAUCUUGGUUAAAGUACAAUUGUGUAUUAACAACCAAUGCAUCGGAUAAGUUGGAAAAGUAACAAGCCUACCGAAUAUGAAUUUUUGUUAAAUGAGGAAGGAGUACUAUUUUAUAAACAAAAUAACAAAGUUAAGGGAUAUGUUUAAUUGAAUGAAGACAUCAGUUUAAAGUUAAUAGAUCUUAAGAUAUCAAAUAAGAAAACAGACGCUGUUAAGGUUAUUAGAAUUAAGAGAACAAAAGACAUAUUCGUAUAUAUAUGGAAUCAAGAAAAGUAUAUUAUUAUCUAAAUUUAGCUAAUGUACUUUUCAGUUUCUCAAAUAUUUAUCUUAAUUUUGCUUUGUUUAAAAUUUAGAUUAGCUCUAUACAUUAUAAGAUGUAAUUGGUAAAGGUGGAUUCUCUAAGGUUUAUACUCUUACACCUAAUAUCAGAUUACCAAAUUAACCAUUUAGUUAUGCUGGUAAAGUUUAUAAUAAAAACGAAUUGUUAUUAAAAAAAGACCUUAAAAAAUUUUAUCAUUUCAUUCGAAGCGAGUGUUAUGUACUUAAAAGAAUCAAUUUCCCUUAUGUUCUUAAAUUAUGUGAAAUUAUUUAAUUAGAUGAACUCUUAAGUAUUAAUAUGUAUUUAUUUUAUAGUCCUAGUAACUGAAUACAUAAAAGGUGGUUCACUCUAUCAAUAUUUAAAAGACAGAAAACGAUUAACAGAAAUUGAGUCUACACAAAUUUUGCUUAAAUUAGCAUUAGGAUUGCAAUAAGUUCAUAAGUAUAGAAAGUUCCCUAUUGAUUAAGUCUAGGAUAUGUUCAUAGAGACAUUAAAUUAGAAAAUGUACUUAUCGAUAAAGAUUAGUUGAAAUUAAUAGAUUUCGGAUUUGCAGAAAAGAUAUGUAGAGACAAACUACUCAAUGGUCAAGGAACAGCAGGUUAUAUUGCACCUGAAGUAUUUAUGAAAUAACCCUACCAAGAGGUAGGAGAUGUAUUUAGUUUAGGAGUCAUAUUCUAUUCUAUGUUAUCAGGUAAAGCUCCAUUUAGAUCAAAUACUUAUGAUGCAUUACUUAAAUUAAAUAAGGAAUGUCUAAUUGAUUUUUCCGAAUUAAGAUUUCCGAAUGUUAGUCAAAAAACUAUGUUUUUAUUAAGAGGAAUGUUAUAAAAACAGCCAGAAAAUAGAAUAAAUCUUUAGGAUCUACUAUAUUAACUUAAUACUUAUUAAAUCUUUUCUCCAUCACAACAUGUUAUCUCUACAUAAUCUAUUGUUGAAGGUUCUGUAGGCAUAAGCUUUAAUCAUUUACAAUCUAAAAACACUCUCAAAUCUUUUUAUCAACAUAGUCAAAAUUCAUUUACUGAAAAUACUAGUUAAGUUUCUUAAUAAAAACCAAAUAAACUUUUAAAAGAUAGAAGAUAUAAGAGUUAAAGUAUGGAUAAAAAAGGAAUGCUUCUAAAAUCAUCCUCUUUUAAACCAUCACUUAAAAAUAUUUAUCAAAUAAAAAUUGAAUAAUCAGAUGAUAACAUUUCAAUUACAGAUUAUGAAUUACCAAUACCUUUAGAAAGUCUUCGAUUUCUUUAAACUUCUUAUCAAACACUUAAUUGCUAAAAGUUUAUUUGA